UCUUCACUCUUCUCUUUUUAAUCAACUUUCGUUUUAUUUCCUUUUCUCCUCAUUGUGUUUGUACGUGUGUGUGUGUGUGUGUGUGUGUGUGUGUGUGUGCUGACAGCUGGACACCAGAGCUGCUGUUGUGCAGGGGAUAAGAUCCUGUAUACGGAUUGUUUCUCUCUCUCUCUCUCUCUCUCUCUCUCUCUCUCUCUCUCUCCAUCAUCCUGCUCCAGCUUUCUGCAGGCCCUGUUCGUGACACUCUGGGAUUUCUUUCUGUAAUAAUCAUAACAUAAUAACAGCAUGGGGAUUGAGAGUCAAGCCCCGGCUCAGCCUGCAGUCAGCCUGACGCCCAGACAGGUGAAAACUUUCCAGAAGGUGGAACCCAAAGCUUUAGGGUCGAUCCAGAUCAUCAUUGCUGUUUUGUCUCUGUGUCUGAGUGUCACCAUGCUUCAGAUCUCCUAUGAAGUUCACUUCACCCCUGACCUCAUUGUAGUGGUCGUGAUCGUCGUGCAGAUUAUUGCCUCCGGUUCAAUCCUGAUCCAUGCUGGGAGGUUCCCUUCUCUUUUCUGGGUAAAGGCGACACUGGCUAUUCACCUUGUAAGUGCUGCGUUCGCCACGGCCGCUCUGGGGCUCCUGUCUCGCCACCUUCCCUACAGACAGGACUCGUAUCACUGUGAGCACUGCAGGAGAUUGGAGAUCUACGCUGUGCAACAAUAUUGUUUCAAGAAAUGCACUGAUACAGUCGAAAGAAAAUGUAAACUCCUGAUUGACGGCUUGUUGGCUACGCUGGUGCUGUUCCUGGUGGUGGAGCUGAUCGUCUGCAUCGUCACCAUUCUGUUUGGACUCAGUGUUCUGGCCAAAGGAGGCCUGCAUCUUCCCGGCGUGGUCCAGCGUAUUGAAAGUCCUCCAGCUCGUCCUGCUCCUCCUCAACAAGAGAGUGCACCUCCUCAGCAGGUGGAGGAGGUGGUGGAGGAGGUGUUGGUAGCCGUGGCUGCAAGUGAAGAUUAUCCUCAGUCUGUAGACGAAGCUUCUACUCCUCCCACUGAACCACAGGUCGAGCCCAUUGAUUCUAUAGCGGAGGUCUGAGGCUAGCAGAACGUCGUGAUCGUUUUGGUUUAGCAGCUAGUCAGUUUCUGCUCUCAGAACAUAUUUCAAUAACUAAAACUCCUGUGUGUUUUUCCACCAAUUAUACCGGAGAGCGAAGACCUGAGGCCAAAAAUGAAAUGUAAACAAUUUACACUAGCAUCGUAGCUCCUUUUUUAAAAACAAACAAAAAAAAACCUGUGAUGUGAAUAAUGUGAAUAAUGAUAUUAGAGCCAUUUUACCCUGAGGCAGUUUAGACUUUUCAAAUAUAUUAAAUAAAGUUUAUACCACAGCGCUGCCAGAUUCUCAAAGCUGAUUGGUCAGAAGGUGCUGAUUCUUUUUUUUAAUUUAUUUAUUUUUUCCCCUUUAGCUGCAGCUCAGACACUCGUGCCUGCUGCGAGUUCAUAUCCGUUCAGUUUGUAUCUUCCGAUACGUUAUGGUUUCUAUAGAAACAGCUAUUUAUGGAAGGAGUCUCCAGUUUCAGCUGUGUGGAAAGCGGUAACGUUACGUUUUACUGAUUAAUGCGACGAGCUGCUGUUUGUAGCUGAUAACAGGAAUCGACUCUGGAGUCGAUUCUUGUUUCACGGACAUUCCACUUAACUAAAAAUGGAUAAAAAAAAUAUUUUUUAAGUACUAUUGCCGUGGUAUAAGACGAAUAAAACAUUUCUCUCAUGCUGUUAUUGGAAAAUAUUACAAUUUAAGUUGGCAGCAGUAAUUCCUUUUGCUGUCGUUGGUCAUUUUCCUGGUCCUGCUUUAUUCCUCACUCAUGAGACAUUUCACAGUGAGUUUCAGGACAAUCUAUCAUUAAAGUCCUUAUAUUUCAGUACAUGCUGUAGGACAUACAAGAUGCUUUUUGUCGUUUUUCUCACUUGCACUAUAGAGUGGAUGAAUGUGAUUAGCUGUGAUUAGUCUGUGUAACACAGUGAAAC